GACAAUUCACUCAAAGCCAAUGACAACUCUUGGACAGUGUUCGAAGAACACGGUCGACGAACGGAGGUCUCUUGACGCCCGGAUUCCGCCUCACUGACUUUCUUUGUUGCCGAGCUCGUGUCUCGAUUCUUCGUCCCUCAUAAUCUUCCCGAUUUUAGAGGUUGCAAUCAGCAACCAUGUCCGGUGGUCUGAGAACAGCCGAUGGCCUCCCGGUGGAGAAAGAGCAGAUCUUUCGGAUGGCUCAACAAGAAAUGGAGUACAGAGUCGAUCUAUUUAACAAAUUGACUCAGACCUGCUUCGAGAAGUGCAUCGAAAGAAAGUACAAGGAAUCAGAACUGAACGUGGGAGAAAAUAGCUGUAUCGAUCGCUGUGUAGCGAAGUACUGGCAGGUUACUGGCAUUGUUGGAACAAUGCUUGGCUCGAGCAAGCCCGGGGGCAUGUAGAAUAAAUAUAUAUAAAGAUCAACAACGAUUAAAAUUUUGCUGAUUUCGUAGCGCUUUACAAAGUUUUUUUGAGUUAGGAUUAGUGCAUACAUACCAGGUUCCUGUCCCGGAUGACGGGUGGAUGUGUGGUUGCUAAUGUGUCUUCAGGGCAUACACGACUAUAACUGCCUCUCCUAGAGUGGUGAUCACACUACGGUAUGGAAUUGAGGAGCUUCUUUGUAGAACGCGCUGAGUAACUGGUUACAUCAUUGGAAACCAUGGUCAGGACUUCUCCAGUGUGUUUCCUACUGAUUAAAAACACAAUGUUAAUCACAAUCAUGAAAUCAUCUACUUGUCUCGAAAUAAUAACGUUCCCAUUCGAGUUUUUCCUUUUCCAAGUUUCAGGAUCUUUCUAUAUUUAGGAGGAUGCAGUGUCUCGCUGUUUGACACAAGUAGGGGCAGAUAGUUCCCACUGCUAGCUUAGGUGGGUUUUCUCUACCUCGGUACUGAAAUUCAGAUUUUGUAUGUUGCCAUUUGACUUCGUCCGAGAAUAGGAUGUCCCCGCCGUUGGGGCUGUGAUCAAUACUCAGUCAUACGUUUGUGGACACUGAAAGUCAGUUAACAGCAGUUGGGCAGAGGCAAAGAUAUCUAUUGAAACAUAGAUUUACGCGGAAGUGAUGAGAUGGUGAUUUACUAUGUAAGGUGAUUAUGCGAAUAUGGUUGCAUAAAUACAAGCUGGUACAUCACCAUUGAACAAUGAAGCUUCCACUAUAAUCAGUUCGGACAUUAUUAGAAUUGGGAUUAAAAAAAUCUUCGGGAAGCUCAAUGCG